AUGCCAGCCCGCGGUCGCCCAUGGCCUCGGCGAGGUCCGUCGGGCCCGCCUCGCGCCCGCGCUGCGGCGGCGGCGCCGAGGGCUGCCUCGCGGCCGUGCGUGGUCGGCUGCGCUCCGCCGUGCCCCUCGACGCCGCUCCGAGGUGUGACGGCAUCCCUCGCGGCCGAUCUCUGGGAGCUGGCGGAUGGCGACGCGGUGGACCACCAGAGCUUCUGGCUCGAGCUCGCGCGGGAGUUGACCGCGCAGGAGCCGACCACGUCCGACUGGUACCAGGAGACCGUCGCGAGGUGCGGCGAGUCGACCAGCGACGCUCUCGGGCGCUACUUUGAUGCCACGUCCUCGGGCCUCGAGUACAUCUACAGGAAGAAACUGAAGGACGGCGCCGCGGGCAUGGACCGCCAGGGGCUGUGCAGCGCCCUGGUCGACCAUUUCGGCUUCAGCGGCGAAAGGGUGAGACUGGAGUCCAUGAAGGGAGUGCUCGACAAGGCGGAAGGCCCUGACGGCCUCAUUUCCAGGGACUCUUUCGCUGAAGUGGUUCGGAAAUUGCGCAUCGGGGCCCUGUUGGUGCGGAACUUUGCCCCAGAGCUCUCCGUGACGGCGGUGUACAAGUCGGUGCAUUGCGACGAGGACUGGAGCUUGAAGAUCAUGAGUUUCGAUGGCGACGACGGGGUGGGGCAUAUAGACCAGCAGUGGUUUGACCUGAUGGCCAUCUGCACCGUACCGCAGGCAUACGCGGAGGACGAGUACGUGGAGUCGAUGACGGACUUCCUGUUCCACAGCGCUCACGGCCAGACCAGUGGCAAGGUCCAGUGGCUGCAUGUCCACCGGCCGGAAACCAGGUUGGUUCUGGCGCUGGGGCAGCGCUUCCAUCUGCGUCUGAGCGUGAUGGGCAUGCUCCUCCGCAUCGAUGAGGUGCCUCCGCAGAUCGACGACCUGGGGAAGAAGGCCUCUCUUGGAACCUCCAGCUGGUCCAGCGUAGUCUUCCCGUGCGUGUUCCUGGACGAUCGGUCCCGUCGCUCCCUUGCCCGGUACAGGGAGUGGCGCGCGCUCAGGGAGCAGAUCGCCAGAGAGAACUCCCCAAGCCCACGGACCAGGUUCCUGGCGAGGCGGGCCAGGUCGGCCUCGCGGGCGCUAGCGGCGGCCGACGACGAGCCGACUAUUUUCGUCGGCGUCAUCCAGGUGACCCAGGUUCUGCUAUGGAACGGUACCCCGGAGGAGGGCGAGGACGUCGUCACCAGCCUCGGCACGCCUAAGUAUCUAGGAUUCUGGUUGGCCACCCUGCCCAAGACGUGGAUUGAGGGCGGCCUGUUGAGCAAUUUUGCCAGCCUGCUCCCAUGUACACGGCGAGCUAAAUUGCGCGAGGGCAAGAAGGAGGCCCAGAAACGCGUCGGCGGGUACACGCGGUUGUCGCAGGAGGACAGUGACCAGACGGACGAUGAGAUGGGUGACAUUGAGCGUGGAGUAAGCGGUGGCAAGUUCACAUCACAUACGCUCCAGAGACUCAGUCGCGAAACCAUCGACGACAUGAAUCAGGCGAGCGCGGACGAGAUUGGACUCAUGCGCUACCAGGAGGAGGCGGAGCACCAGACGAACUACGGCAGCUUUUACCGCGGCGUCCUCCAGCAGCUCAGGGAAACAAAUUCAGUCCUGCGGAUGGGAAACGCCUUUCACCUGCUAGUUCGCAUCAUCCUUGAUGGAACCACCGAGCACACUCGCGUCUUGGAGCUCUACGAGAUCGCGAUCGCCAAGUGCAAGACUAAACUGGCCGAGCGCAACGCCAGGGAUGGCCCAGAACUGAUGACAAUGAUCUCGCUCGCAAAGAUGGAGCUCAAGGCACGGUGGCGGAUCCUUGGAUCGGUGCAGAGUUUCGAGAGCGCAGUGCUGCCCACCCUCCGUGAGCUCAGCACGAGCUGGAGGGGAACCGAGCGCCAAAUAAGCCUCCCUGCGCGGAUCAUACGCCACCACAUGAUCGAUAUCGACCACAACGUCGCCCAGGUUGUCCGCCAGUGCCAGUGCCAGAUCCACAUCUGCGAGAGCCUGAUCGACGAGUACGACCGAAAGGCCAUGGACAAGUCGAACAACAUCCUCAACAUCCUCACGUUCAUCACCUUCCUCAUGGUGCCUCUGCAGAUUCUGACAGGCUACUACGGCAUGAACUUCGCCCACGGGCUCUACGGCAGCAAGGAGAAGGAGGGCGAGCUGUACUUCUAG